CACCGGCGUUCCCUGGCUGCAGCCUCUACAGCUGGCGGAGCGAGCGGCACGGCGAAGGCAGCGAGAAGCCCCGCGUCUCCAGCGUCCUCUCUGAAAUGCGCUCAGGCUGCGCAGCGAGUCGCAUCUCCACCUGUGGCCUCCCCGAACGCAGACAGCCCGUCUCCGUUGCGCUGUCCCUCCGCACGUCGCGCCCGCAGGGAGGCUUUGGACGAACGAGCGAACUGAAGGAACCCCGGCGGCCACUUUGGACUCGGAGACAGCCGCUGAACGCUCAUCGCUCCUCGGUGUCUGGGCGAGCGCUCCGCUCCAGACCCCUUCGCAUGUGAGCCUUCAGUCUGAACCAAACGAAGUCACAGUCACAGUCAGUGGAUGGUUUUCCAUUAAAGGUUGGCUUUGCCACCCCUCUGGCCCAACUUCUGGCAAACACAAAGAGGCGAGGCCACCCCUGACUAAUCGUCCACGGCGUCGAGCUGGUACCUGUCCGAUGUCCUCUGCCCACACAGUGUGAUGUGUCAUGGCUCCAUUGCUGAGUGGAGUGCGGUGGCUGUCGGAGGCGGGAGUUGUUGGGUCGGGGACGGCAGCUGCCACCGGCGCCGCGUCCUGGCCGCAGAGUGAGCAGCUGGUGUUGGUCGUCACCCUCAGCAUCGUCACCGGCUUUCUGCUUCUCUCUGUGCUGCUGGGGCUCUGCGCCAGUUGCCGGGGGCAGAAGAAAGCAACAAAUGGACAUCCUGCAGGAGACCAGCAAAACCUUGUAAAUGGAGUGUCAGAGAAGGAGGUGAUCAGCCAAUCAGCAGACAGUCCAGUGACUGACGCGGCAGUCAGCAGCUCUCACAAUGGUCCUCUAACCAGCGGUACAAUCCUCUCAGACACGCAGGACACCAGCCCUCAGCUGUCCGAGGAGCAGCUCUCCAGCCAAUCAGAGCUCAGGUCCUCUAAAUAUCAUCAGGACCGAGAGCUUCCCAGCCUCCCUCCAGGCAGCACCCAUAUGGAGGGCAGACCCCCACCCUCAGGAGACAGCACUUAUGAGGUGGUGAAGGAGAUGGAGGUGGCGUCCCGCGACGUCAGCGUUGAGGACUCUCUGUACGAGACUGUCAAGGAGAUCAAAGACACCUCUGUGCAACCCCGCCUCGCCAACGGUACCGUCCAGCCGAGCCCCGAUGAACCUCCAGCUCAGCCGCACGUCCUUGUCAACGGCCACCCCAGCCCCUGCACGCCGGAGCGGGGGCCGCUCUGCGAGGGGGUGGAGUACGCCUCGGUUGACCUGCGAAAGAAGAGCCGUCACAGCGCCGACCUGGAGGCCAACAGGGGCGCCGAGUACGCCGCCGCUCUCUCCCAGCAGCAGCGUGCGGAGGAGCCCGAGGACGACCCGCCUCCGCCCGUACCAGAGAAGGUCCUGGUGGGAAACGACGGCCAGUCGGUGGUGAUGAACGGUCUGGAGGGGGCCGGGCUGCACAACGGAGAGUUAAAAUCUCCUCCGUCUCCUCCACCGGACUUUAAACACCUGCCAACAUCAGAUAAUGAAUCACCGCUGUACUCUACAGUCAACAAGACGAACUGCGACCAGGCCGCGAACGAGGACGACAAGGAGCACGACUACAGCAGCAUCGCCGAGAUCAACGGCCUGGUCCCGGCCUCGUCCUCCAGCGACCUCUACGCCACGGUCCACGACAUCUACGCUCAGCCGGACGAGCCCCAGCCGGGGGACGAGCCCCCAACGGACAGCUCAGAUCCCGGCUACGAAUCGAUCCGCAUCCCAAAGACUAGCAGCUCGGACGACGACCGCAGAGCCGGGAACGGCAAGCCAGAACCCGACUACGAAAGCGUGGGAGAGCUGGGUCUCGGUCGGGAAAUGUCCCGCCUUUGAGUUAACUUGCCUCGCCGUCGCAUAUUACAGUAGCACUUUGAAGCAGCUGUUAGGGAUGCCUUCGAUGCAAACUGCUCCUCAUGGUUUCCAUCGUAACGCGUGUACGUCUUCUAUACAGCUUUGGUACGGUUUGUCACAUCCGAGCGUCUUUUAUUUAUCAGCCAGAGUGAAGCGUCGGUACUGCUUGGGCCUUAAGAACUCUGGAUUAUUAAAAACAAAUAUCCAAUCACAACAUAUUCAGAAAGCCUGGUCAAAAAAGGAAGAAAAAAAAAGAUCACAAUCUAGUGCCAUACAAUUUGCAUAAAGGUCACUCACUGACUGUAUUAAGUGAAGGUUAGAUUAUUCGUAUGAUCUCUUCAGUAUUUAGUCUUUUUAGCUUCUAGUAUCCGCUGCUAUAAGUUAGUGAAGCAUCAAAUGGUGUACUUCUAGGCUUUCCUUUGUCGGGUUUGCAGCUCCUCCACCAUGCAUUAUCGCUAGAUGUUCCUGUGAAAGGGUUCCUGGCUGGGGGGGGGAAAAAAAUGAGAAAAGAGUCGAUUGAUGAGCAAACAGUGGGGAUAUUUGGUUGUAUAUGCCAACAAACAGAGACUGCUACCCGCUUGUGAAGGCUUGACAUUUGAAAGGUUAGAAACAGUCACUGCGAAGGGAAAAUAAAAAAAGAUGAUUUUCACACGAGCUUAUGGUUUCAUAGUACAUUCAGACCUCUCUAGAAAUCUUAGGGUCCACGGCUGCAACUUUUUGUACAAAUCAUAUUGUAUUUAUUUGAAAAUGUUUAUUAUUGUGUAAUUGUGAAACGUGUCUGACUGUGUCUGUGAGAGGAUUUUAUAGAAGUGUCUUGCCUUUUUUUCAUUAAGAUGCUAAAUGAAAGCUAACGGAGGGUUUGAUGCCACUUAGGUACGUGUUCCUAUAAUUUUGCCGCGUUAGGAUGAUCGGUCUUCGAAGUACUUAUGUGUUUAAAUGACACGAAACAAUUACCGUGUUGUAUUGUUUUUAUUCUUUUUUGGUACAAGGGAAAGUCUUCUGUUUGCUUCAAAGCACUUGAAUUAGCUUAUUGGUACUGCACACAUUAUCGCCCCAGUCCAGCUUUUAUAGCACCUUCCACAUUUAUUAGCACCUCUGGUAAAGAUUUGCACAAUGCCUUGAAAAAUACAUUCACUUCUAUUUCAGGAACAUUUUAAGAAAAUUUAGCUUUGGAGCUCGCCCUCAGCUCCCUUAACAUCAUUCUCACAGCGUGUGUGUCAUCAAUAUAGAGUUCCUUUGCAGUAUUGAAAAAUGGAAAUUGAUUUUUUUUUCAAGCUAUAAGAAGUAUAGGAAAAAAGUGCUUCCAGAGUUAAUUUAUUGUAGGAUCUAAAAGCCAAAAGUCUGAAUUUCUUAAAAAAAAAAAAAAAUAUUGGAGGCUGUAUAUCUUUAUCUUUGAUUUGCUACAUCAGAACAUAGGCUUCAGUCCAAUUCAUCCGUUCUUUUCUGGGGGGGUUUAUGUCAGUGACAGAAACCAGAGAACGCUCUACCAGGAAAUUAAAAAGACUACCUUUACCUCAUUACUGUCGUUUAGACCCCUUAGAUCAGUAAUUUAAUAUUUUUUGGGGAGUUGAUAGCACAGGUCCAGCAUAGUCCAAAGGGUUUUGACAGAUAGCCUAAGCUAUCUGAAAUCAUAAAUUGCUUCUCAGCAUCCACAUUUAGCGUAUGGGAUAAUCCCCGCCAGGUUCAUGAGGAGUUCUAGAUUUUUAAAAGAGAGCUGAUCUAAGUUGGUCAAUGUGCCAUGUGUGAAUUAUCUCUCCAUCACACCUCUGAAUCAAAAGCCAGCUUCAGCAUCCUGUUGUUUCAAGAUCUGUGAAUCUUACAACCAAUAAAACCAAACUGGAGAAAUGUUUUCCUCCAAAAAUGUCCAGAAUGUUGUAAAUACUCCAAGCAAAACCUACAAAUUUUGAAACAAAAUGUGUAGGAGGGUACCUAUUUCCCGACUUUUAAAUAUCAGCACAAAUAUGGCUUAGUUGAACUUUAUGCUCUCGGAUCUUUCCCAUAUUGAAGAGCAUUUAAGAGAAAUCAGCCUCUGUCCCACGCCAGCUGCACCACAGAGAAAACGUGGUUUCAUUUUAAAUUGCUUUUUAAUAACUAUUACAGGCUAAAGAAGGGGUCCCAUGUACAGUUUGGUUAACUUGAAAAGUUAAGUACACAUAAAAUCAGUUUUUAUUAUUUAGAAAAUCUUAGGGGGUGCCAAUAAAUGUGACAUUUUUUAAUAAUUCUUUGUAAACCAAAAAAAAAUAUUUCUUAGCAUUUUUUGCCCCCUAACUGAAUAAAUCAAAGGUUGGAUGUUUCUCAUUUUUUUAGUGUGUGAUUAAUACUUCAAUGAAAUACUAAUUUACUUUUAAGCCUUUUUACACAUCUCUAAAGUGGGUGCCAAUGAAUUCAGAGGGUGUGUACCUGUAAAAAUUUCAGCACAUAACGCAUUUUAGAUCCGUCUAAUUAAUGGCUCGUGCUGAUGAAAUGCAGAUUAAAGCGCGUAUAUUGUUAGAGCGCUAUUUUAAUCAACUGUUAUUCACAGGAAAUGCCAUGUAACCUUGUACUCGUUUGUUCAACGCCCAGAGUAGCAGAACUUUCUUUUUACUAUUUAAAAGCAGUUAUGAAUUUCCAAUUUUUUUUUUUUUUUUUUUUUUUAGUUUAUUGUAACAGGUUACCAAGCAGAGGUCAGUCAGAUGGUACACUUAUUUUUGGUACAAGCAUUGAAAGAUGGGUCUGGUACUUAAAUUUGAGGGGGUUUAAAUAUGUUUACCGGAUUGUAAUUUUGCUGUACUUUUAUUCCUCUUUGCCACAGUAUCUACUCCCUUUGCAUAAAAAUGACUGUCAGCUAUUUCCACCCACAUCCAAAUAUUAAAGUGUUACAAUAUCA